AUGGUAUGGCAUAUGGGACUAAUAGUUAAACUUCAUCGAAUGGGAAUUCCAAAUGAACCAUUGAAGAUCAUCGUAAGUUGGCUAGAAUCAAGAAAAGCAUUAGUACUUUUGGGUAUAUUAAAAUUUAAUGUCAAGCACCAUCAAAAGUUGUCCGUUUCCAAACCCAAUCGGAAAAGAACGUUGUCGAAAACAAAUCAAUUAGGACGAAUUAGAACAACAUCUGAUGAAACCCCUCAUCAUAUGGAAAAACAAAAGGCCAUUGAAAUGGCCAACUAUGCUAGGAAAGCAUCACCCUCAACUCGAGCAACUACAACAACAACAAGCAAAAAACCAUCAUUUGUAAGUAACUGA